ACUAUAUACGUAUAUAGACGUGGUCAGGAUGACGUCGUCCUCCGUCUUCUUCCUCCUGCUCGCUUGCUUCGCCACAUGCGCCGGCGCCGCCACGUUCACGGUACGAAACAACUGCGGGUUCACGGUGUGGCCAGCAGGCAUCCCGGUCGGCGGCGGCACGCAGCUGAACCCGGGCUCGACGUGGACUGUCAACGUGCAGGCCGGGACCAGCGGAGGCAGGAUCUGGGGCCGCACCGGCUGCUCCUUCAGCGGCGGCCGGGGCCGCUGCGCGACGGGCGACUGCGGAGGCGCCUACUCCUGCAGCCUGUCCGGGCAGCCCCCGGCGACGCUGGCCGAGUUCACCAUCGGCGGCGGCAGCAACCACGACUACUACGACAUCUCGGUGAUCGACGGGUACAACCUGCCCAUGGACUUCUCGUGCAGCACCGGCGCCGCCCUCCGGUGCAGGGACUCCGGCUGCCCCGACGCGUACCACCAGCCCAACGACCCUAAGACCCGUUCGUGCAACGGCAAUAGCAACUACCAGGUCGUCUUCUGCCCUUGAUGUACAUGCAUGCAGCUUGCCAUGAGCCCAUGCAUGCAUGAGAGCGUAGCGGCAUAUAUACACUAAUUGUCCGUCAACUCACAUGCACGUACCUACUAGUGAAGUUGAUAAAUAAGACGAUCGAUAUCUGACUCGUCCAAUGCAGCAUGUGUGUACGGUGUGAUCCUUAUACUUUCCUACAUAUAUGGAACUUUUUAAAGUGAGUAAAGUGC